UUUGGAUCUCAUCGAGCUGCCCAUUUCUCCCAUACUUGUUUUAUACAUUGACCAUAUUUCCACUCCCUAUGGUUCACCAUUCCGAUCUGCAAGCAGACGCUGCUUUACUCGACUUACUCACCAGUCCUGCUCCUCCCACUCGCAAGACUUUUCUUCCUCGGCGAGAUGCAGCUUUAGACCCUCUCCUCAUAGCCGCCGCUGCCGCCUCCGGACCCCAUGUUACUCGAAAUCAUUACGCACACGAUUUCUUUCCUGGUGUGUGCAUGGCUCAGCACGAAGGCUCUUGGGAUUGGACCAAGUUCACCGGAGAUUCUUCGUCCACCAGGUCUGACCGUAAACGCCUCACAUAUGUCAGCAGGCAAGCGCCCCGUCGACAACGGCUAGGAUUAGUCAACGGAGAAAUUGAGAAGAAGAACGAUAUACCCGUACCGCUCGCUGCAGUCGAGAAUAUCCCACCUGAUCGACCGGUAGAGACGGACCUGGGGAUCAAACCCACCAGUAACUCUGAAGUCACUGCACACAAACGGAAACCUUCAGUACCUGUGGAAGUCAAAGUCAAAUGCAUGGCUCGAACUAGAAUCCCUACUCCUCAUGGUCCAGCAUUCCUCCAUCUCUACCACAACAACCGGGAUAAAAAAGAACAUCUCGCAAUCGUGGUUGAUUCCGCACAAUUCGAUGAAUCGCAAGAUGGGCCUCCCCAUAUUCGUUCGCAAUCGUUGGAUGCAGUUUGGGAUAACGAAACUGAAAUGGACCGUAUAACGCGUGGAGCAUACGUUGGCAGACUAUCACGGUCUUCGCAAAGAGCAUCAUCUCCGUCCACAUCGUCCUGCCAUAACAAUCAUGGACUUUGUACCGAUGUACCCGCACCUCUGAUACGCAUACACUCUGAAUGUUUCACCGGAGAAACUAUAGGAAGUAUGCGGUGCGAUUGUGGCGAACAAUUAGACGAAGCAAUCCGGCAAAUCUCACAACCCGUCGCAAUAUCCGCCUCAUCUCCGCAAGAAACCAUUCCUGGACGUGGUGCAGUAAUUUAUCUCCGUCAGGAGGGUCGAGGGAUCGGAUUGCUCUCCAAAAUACGCGCGUACAAUCUACAAGACCUUGGCCACGACACAGUCACUGCAAAUCUUAUGCUUGGACACAAAGCGGACGAACGUGGGUACGAGAUCGCUGGCGCGAUCAUGAGGGACUUGGGAUUGUGUGAAGGUGUGAGAGUGUUGACGAACAACCCGGAUAAAGUUGCUGCGCUGGUGAACGAGGGAAUCAAAGUUGUUGAACGCGUUCCUAUGAUUCCGCGAAGCUGGCAAUCGCGGAAUCCUCAUCUUGUGAUGCAUUCUCAUAACGAGAUACAACACGACCAUGAACGGAAAGCUGGCGCGACAUUGAUCGGUGGGAGUGCGGUGUAUGGUGAAGACUUGGACAAAUAUCUUCGGACGAAGGUUUUGAGGAUGGGACAUAUCCUUCCUCUGUGGUUAGAAGAUCCCGAGGCCUGACGUUCUAAAGUAAUAAACGAUCUUUAUCUGAUUAUUUAACCAAAAUAUUCUUGUAUAAUUUGUUGAUUUGAGUUCAAUACACAACAUUGUUUUCUACCCA